GAUUCACCUAAACGAGGAAGAAACGACCUCCGCGAGCCGUAUUUUCAUCAAGAUCCUGUUUGAAGAUCUCCAGGAGAAUAUUGGCUCGGCAAAGUUGAAGGCUCGCAUGAGUGAAGAGACCCUCCAGCCCAGUCUGCAAGGCAUCUUCCCUCAUGAUGAGCCCCGCAACAUUCGCUUCUCUAUCAACUACUUCACAUCCAUCAAGAUGGGUUAUCUCACCGACGAGAUGCGCACUUUCCUGGCGAACAUGCCAAAACCUGCCCUGCCAGCACCCCCAGCGGACUCCGAUUCCGAGUCCGUGUCUAGCUACUCUUCCUAUUCUUCCUACUCAUCCCGUUCUCGCUCGCGUUCCCGGACGCCUCGGAAGGACACCCGCGGGCGUUCGCUCUCGCGCACUCCUCCUCGUCGUGGCAGGGGCAGAUCCUAUAGCCGGACACCGAGCCGGAGCCGGAGUCGUAGCCGCAGCUACAGCCCCUCCGUCUCUAGGUCCGUCUCGCGGUCUCCUCCUCCAAGGCGAAGGGCGGCAGACUCUCGGUCUCCCAGCCCGCCACCCCGCCGUGGCCGUAGCUACGACCGAUACUCCCGCUCACCCUCGCGCUCGCGCUCUCGUACCCGCUCGCCGGCGCCUCCCAUCCGCCGCGGUCAUUCGGGAACCCACAGCCGUAGCAGAUCAUAUUCGCGUUCGCCAUCGCCCCCGCCUGCUCGUGGUUAUCCCACCCGUGGUCGGCCCCCUGUCAGCAACAACGACAGAGCCGCCGCCGCUCCCGGCAAGCGUCACAGGGAAGGUUCCUAUUCGGCAAGCCGCUCGCCACAUCCCCCUCCCCAGCAACGUCCUCGCCGAGGGAGUUACAGCCGGUCACGAUCGAGAUCCCCAAUACCCAUUAGAGGCAAUGGGACGAGGGGUAGGGUGACAGGCCGGGCUGGCCCACCUCCCUCUCGUGGUGGGCGAGAUCGCUCAUACUCGGGAUCGCGAAGCCGGUCACCUCUGCCACCAGCAGGUGCCGCCACGGGGUCUCGGAGAGCUGUUAGCAGGUCACCAAGCCCGGCGGCGGUGGGAAAUAACAAGCGGAGGAGAUCGUAUAGCAGCUCUAGGUCGAGGUCGAGGUCUAGGUCACCGGUUGCCAAACGGGGCAGAGUUGAUUAGAGGUCCUCUUACCGUUAUUAGGUGCUCCUGAAGGGCGACAUAGGGGCUAACGGGAAGGAAGUGAAGGAGGUGAAGAUUGUUGACUUGGAAUAUAGAAUAAGCUACGAAAUAUGUAUUGAUACCAGCAAGCAUUUGUUGUGAAAGAAAAGAAGGAGAAAGAAGAAGGGCUAGUAGUAGUACCAAGGCAAGAAUGAGAUGAAAAAGCGAAGGACGGUCGCGUUCACAUUGGUUUGAGUGCUAAUCAUCUGUGCCUUUCUGAUGACAUAGUGACAUCUCGAUCGAUAUGUUGACUUGAGGAGACCGUAUUUGAACAUAGAAUAAGG